GUAGUAGUACUAGUAGUAGUGGUAGUAGUAAUAGAUAAUACUGGUAUUGUGUAGUGAUUAUUAAUAUUAGUAAAGAUGUGUUGGUAGUAGUAUUGUAGUUGUAGGUAUAAAUGGCGGUGGUGGUAUAAGUGGGGUGUUUAUAGUAAAUAUAGCCCUAUGUGUAUCCUCUAUUUCUGAUGAAAGUAACACGGGUGUUUGGAGAGUGACUAGAAUUCGCAGCAUAUUUAGCCCAAGCCUAGGCUGUGGAAUCGAAUCACUUCAAGGGUUCCCCACCAAAUCAAAUGAACCCUUAAUUUUUUUAAUUAUUCUUAUUUUUGUACUACACCAGCAACUCCUUUUUUUUUUUUUUUUAGCAGCAGCAUGAAUAAUGAUGUGUUAUGGUUAUAUUCUACCAAGCAACGGUAGUAUAUACAGAAGGAACAGUAGUGAUCACAACUUUGCUAUUAUUACCUGAUACUAUUAUAGUUAGAUCAUAUAUCAGAAACAAAUUCUUUAAACGCUCCCCUCCUUUUUAUAUAAAUGUAUACACAUAUCAUAUGAAUGUAUAUUAUGUACUUUGGUACCAUUAUGAGUGUCCAAAAAGCCUUAUUUUAAGCAUAUACAGAUACAAAUCUAUAGUUGCUAUGUUUGAUCAUAAUCAACCUCUCAGGAUAUAAUCACAAGUAAACGUAAUGUACAGAUUCAUUUAAUUGAUUAGCAAGCUUCUCCAGCUAAUACAAGAAUAUUGUAAUAACAAUUAAUAUCUCUCUAUAAACUAG